AUGUCAUAUAUAAAAUUAAAAUCUUCAUUAGGUUCAUUAUGGUAUCAAAUAGGUUGUUUUUUAAUUGAAAUUUAUUGUCAUAUAUCAAAUCUUGGUUUAAUUCGUUAUUAUGAUUCAUCAAUUGAUGAUAAAUCCAAAGAUUUUUCAUUAAUAAUAUGUUUAAUAAUAGUUGCAUUUACAAUAGUUUCAUCAUCAAUCUCAACCGUUUGUAAUUUUCUUAAUGGAUUUUCUAAUUCAAUUGAAGAUUAUUCAUUUGAUUUUUCAAAAUAUAAAAAAUCGGCAAUAUUCUAUUUACCAUAUUUAUCCAUAUGUGAUAUUUAUAUUGCUAUUCUUAUUCUUUUACCUAAACUUAUUAUUCAUACACAACUUAUUAAAGCUAAAAUUAAAGAUCAAAGUUUUAUAUUUGAAUCAUCAAUUGAUUUUUUAAUUGGAAGUGGUUUAAAACGUGUUAAAAAAGAUGAUAUAUUAUUUGUAACAAAUGAUACAAAUUCAAUAGCAUCAUGUGAAAUAAUAAAUUUGUUUCUUUUAUUAAUUCGUUAUAAUUAUAAUUAUUUAAAUUUUUUUUAUAAAUUAAAUAAAAGAUUUAAUUUUAUUUCAAGUAUUCAUUCAUUAAUAACAAUUAUAUUAAUUUUAUUAAUUUAUUCAAUAUUUGAAAUCUUAUUUAAACAAAUAUCAUUUAUUAAUAAUUCAAUUAAUGGAUAUUCAUAUCUCAUAUUAUUAUCAUUAUUCAUAUCAAUUUUAUUUAUUUUAUUAACAAAUCAUGCGCUAUUUCAUUUUGUUAUAUUAAAUUAUUUUCAACAACAAUAUCAAAUAUCAAAUCAAUUAAUUCGUUUAUCAAAUCUUGAUGAUCGAUAUUUAAUUGAAAAACCAUUAAGUCGUUCAUUAAUCUAUUAUUUCUUAUUUGUAAUAAUAAGUAUCUUAUGUCAAUUUCCAUUAAUAAUCUAUUCAAUAAAAUCAUUUUUAUCUGGUUUAAUUGAUAAAUUAAUAAUUAUUUAUAUAAUUAUACUUUUAUUUUAUUUCUUAAUAUCAAUUCUAUUAUUUACUUUUCUUUAUUAUUAUCCAUUAUUAUAUUGGAAUUUACAUAAUUUAAAUGAAAAUUUUAUUCUAAGAAAUAAAGAUAAUCAAUCAAUAUCAUCGAUGGAAUAUUUACAUAAAUCAAAUAGAAAUUUAGAAGAUAAUUUAUAUCAUAUUGAAACUCCUCAUUUAAUUCCAACACGAUCAGUAAGUAGUUGUGGAUUAACUGUUAUUGAACGUGAAAAUGCAAAUAUUGGAAUAUAUUAUAAUCCAACAUAUCAACAAACAUCUCGUGUUGCAACAGAUACUCUUCUUGUUAUGCAUUAA